GAGGAGGAUGAGCAGGGAGCAUGGGCAGCAGCCGUCUGGGGCCCGAAAGGGCCGGCGCUCCAGAGACAAGAAGUCCCGGAAGCGGAGCCGGCGCAAGGAAACCUACUCGAUAUACAUCUACAAGGUGCUGAAGCAGGUGCACCCCGACCUCGGCAUCUCGUCCAAGGCCAUGAGCAUCAUGAACUCGUUCGUGAACGAUGUGUUCGAGCGGCUGGCCGGCGAGGCCGCCCGCCUGGCCCAGUACUCGGGCCGAACCACACUGACGUCCCGGGAGGUCCAGACGGCCGUGCGCCUGCUGCUGCCCGGCGAGCUGGCCAAGCACGCCGUGUCCGAGGGCACCAAGGCCGUCACCAAGUACACCAGCGCCAAGUGAGCCGGGGCCCGAGCUAAAUAAAGGCUGAACUGC